UCCUCUUUCGACGUUCCGCGUUCCUCCCUUGCACCCCUUUUCACCCUUUACAUCCGUUUUCGUUGCUUUCGCACCUAGGUCUCUCCGUCUCGUGCGCUCCAUAUAUAUAUAUAUGUACAACACUCUCUAUCUCUUCUCUUUCUGCAUUUCACCUCAUUCGGUCCAGUAUAGCGUCGGAGCGUGUACAGAACGGUUCGCUGCGCGUCUAUCUGUACGUACUGACACGCACGUUGAUCACGCGUGCACGUUAAUCACACCGGUUGCGAUUCACGAUCGAAAAUGUAUAAAACAUAUUCGUGGUAGAGCGGUCGAUGAAGAAGUUCACGCUGGUCCGGAAGGGAAUCCUCGAAUCGAACGGCCGAAUCCACGUGAGCGAACGCAGUCACUUGAUACAAUCAUCUGUGCAUUCCUCAUGCAAGACGAAUACGGUAAAACGUCUAAGUGGUGACAAAAAGCGGCGGAACUUAAACAAGAAC